CUGGACCGCCUACCUGCUCAAGUGUCCGCCCUGCCCUACCCCACCCAUCCCGGCCUGGCCAGUGCUCCCUGGAGAAGGAGUCCUCUCGCCUGGCGGCUGGACCAAGGGAGCCCGCCUGAGGCACCAGAGGGCCCAUCCUGACCAUGGUCCCUGCCUGGCUGUGGCUGCUUUACCUCUCUGUUGCCCAGGUUCUCCCAGAGGUCCAGCCUGCAGAACUGUAUGUGGAAGUCCCAGAAAACUAUGGUGGAAAUUUCCCUUUGUACCUGAUCCAGCUACCACUGCCCCCUGAGGAGACUGAGGGUAAGAUGGUGCUGUCAGGAAACCCGGACAUGACAGCCGAGGGCCCCUUUGCUGUGGAUGCAGAGUCUGGCUUCUUGCUGGUGACCAGGGUCCUGGAUCGCGAGGAGCAAGCGGAGUACCGGCUACAGGUCACCCUGGAGACUGAGGACGGACAUGUCUUGUGGGGCCCACAGCCUGUGCUUGUGCAUGUGAAGGAUGAGAAUGACCAGGUGCCCCACUUCUCUCAGUCCAUCUACAGAGUUCAGCUGAGCCAGGGCACCAGGCCUGGCAUCCCCUUCCUCUUCCUUGAGGCUUUGGACGAGGAUGAGCCAGGCACAGCCAACUCAGAUCUCCGAUUCUACAUCCUGAACCAGGCUCCAGCCCGGCCUUCCCCGGACAUGUUCCAGCUGGAGCCUCGGCUGGGGGCUCUGGCCCUCAGUCCUGAGGGAAGCACCAGCCUAGACCAGGAUAUGGAAGGGCCCUACCAGCUAUUGGUACAGGUCAAGGACAUGGGUGACCAGGCUUCGGGCCACCAGGCCACAGCCACCAUACAUGUCUCUGUGGUAGAGAACACCUGGGUGCCCCUAGAUCCUGUCCACCUGGCAGAGAAUCUGAAAGUUCCAUACCCACACCGCAUUGCCCAGGUACACUGGAGUGGGGGAGAUGUACAUUAUCAUCUGGAGAGCCAGCCCCCUGGACCCUUUGAUGUGGAUGCAGAGGGGACACUCUACGUGACCAAGGAGCUGGACCGAGAAUCCCAGGCUGAGUACCUGCUCCAGGUGCAGGCUCAGAAUACCCGUGGUGAGGACUACACAGAACCUCUGGAGCUGCGUGUGGUAGUGAUGGAUGAGAAUGACAAUGCACCUGUCUGCCCCCUACACGGUUCCCCAAUCAGCAUUCCUGAGCUCAGCCCUCCAGGCACUGAGGUGACUAGGCUGUUGGCAGAAGACCUGGAUGCCCCCGGUUCCCCAAAUUCCUACAUUGUGUAUCGGCUGCUGAGCUCUGAGCCUGAGGAGGGAGCAGAGGGAAGAGCCUUCAAACUGGACUCCACCUCAGGCAGUGUGACAGUCGGGGACGCCGCCCUCCAGGCUGGCCAGAGCAUCUUGCUUCAGGUGAUGGCUGCUGACCUAGGAGGAGCAGAGGGUGGCCUCAGCAGCACAUGUGAGGUCACUGUCACAAUCACAGACAUCAAUGACCAUGCCCCCGAGUUCACCAAUUCCCAGAUUGAGCCUAUAAGCCUCCCUGAGGAUGCAGAGCCUGGGACUCUGGUGGCCACACUCACGGCCACUGAUGCUGACCUUGAGCCUGCCUUCCGCCUCAUGGACUUUGCCAUUGAGGUGGAGGACGUGGAGGGGACCUUCGGCCUGGAUUGGGAACCAGACUCCAGUCAUGUCCAACUUCGACUCCUCAAGAACCUCAGCUAUGAGGCAGCUUCAAGCCACAAGUUGGUGGUAGUGGUUCGGAGCGUGGCAGAGUUGGUAGGGCCAGGCCCAGGCCCUGGAGCCACAGCCACAGUGACGGUUCUUGUGGAAAGGGUGGUGCCACCCCCCAAGUUGGACCAGGAGAGCUACGAGGCCAGUGUUCCAGUCAGCACCCCAGCUGGCUCCCUCCUGCUGACCAUCCAACCCUCAGACCCCAUGAGCAGUCCCCUCAGGUUCUCCCUGGUCAAUGACUCAGAGGGCUGGCUCUGCAUCAAGGAGGUCUCUGGGGAGGUGCACACCGCGCGGCCCCUACAAGGCGCCCAGCCUGGGGACAUGUACACAGUGCUCGUGGAGGCCCAGUAUGAAGAUGAGCCGACACUGAGCGCCUCUGCAACCCUCGUGAUCCACUUUCUGAAGGCCCCUUCUUCCCGGGCCCCAACUCUGAACCACGUGCCCACCCGACACCUCUGCACACCCCGCCAGGACCAUGGUGUGGUUAUCAGUGGACCCAGCGAGGACCCUGAUAUGGCUGGUGGACAUGGUCCCUACAGCUUUGCCCUUGGUCCCAACCCGACAGUGCAGCGGGAUUGGCACCUCCAGGCUCUCAACGGUUCCCAUGCCUACCUCACUCUGGCCCUGCAUUGGGUGGAGCCACGUGAGCACGUAGUACCCAUAGUUGUCAGCCACAAUGCCCGGAUGUGGCAGCUCCUGAUCCGAGUGAUCGUGUGUCGCUGCAACGUAGAGGGACAGUGCAUGCGAAAGGUGGGCCGCAUGAAGGGCAUGCCCACGAAGCUGUCAGCCGUGGGCAUCCUCGUGGGCACCUUGAUGGCGAUAGGGUUGCCAGAUUUGUUGUGAGGGACUGGUUCAUGUGGUUAUGGAGGCUGAGAAGUCCAACGCUCUGCUCUCUGCAAGCUGGAGACCCAAGAAAGCCAGUGGCGUGGUUCCAGUCCAAAGCUGAAGGCCUAAGAACGAGAGGAGCCAAUGGUGUAAGUCCCAGUCAGAGUCCACAGACCUGAGAAUGGGGAGCACCAGAUGUCUAAGGGCAGAAGAUGGAUGUCCCAGCUCAAUGGACAGCAUGUUUCUGUCCUUUUUGCUCCAUUCCAGCCCUGGGUGGACUGUCUGAUGCCCACCCACUCCUUUACUCAGUCUACUGAUUUAAUCUUUUCUGAAAACAUCCUCACAGCAUACUCAGAAAUAAUAUUUUACCAGUUUUCUAGGCAUCCCUUAGCCCAGUCAGGUUAGCACAUAUAAUUAACCAUCACAACCAUCUCUCAGACUUACCAAUUAUCAAGACUGCUGCACACUAAUGUCAAUCCCCAGGGUCACAGUUGCUAAAUUCAGCCCAGAUUCAAGAGGAGGAGAAUUAGACCCUACAGCUCGGUGGGAGGAGCAGCAAAGAAUCUGUGGUCAUCCUUAAAACUGCCACAAGGAGCAAGAGGUGGAGGGUUCCAGACUCCCUGCCAGGAGUGACCAGGGAGCAGCCUGACUCUUGGAAGACGUGACUUCAGGUUAUGGAGGAAAGACCUCUUUCUCUACUCUCCUUUCUCCCUGCAUGACUAUGGUAUCUGCACACCUGGGGAGGAGUCCGAGGAGGCAGGGGGGGAAGAUGCUGAGCUUUCUCCCAAGGGUGAGGGAUAGCCUGGAAGGUAUGGAGCAGAUGAAUGAUACAUAAUAUUUGGGUCUGACCCACAUCACUCUGGCUGCCUUGUGCUGGGUGGAGUUGACUGGAGGGGCAACUGCUGUGUGUGGGUGGGAGGGUAAAGGUGGUUUGGACCAUUCUUGGGGCUGGGCAAGAGAAAGUAGACCCCCGAGCUGCUGGGGGGGCUGCAGGAAGCAGGAAGAAGAGAUGGGAAGGGUUCAGAAGUGAGGGGCAGUCCACAGAGGGGAACAUCCACAUUGGGGCAGACUGGAAAAGGUAGCAGCUACUUCCUCCUCACGUAAAGCUCACCACCUGGCUCUGGCUGUCUUAGGUCCCCAGCAGCCCUCUUCCCACAAAGCAGGGCUGAGUGAUUACAGGACAGGGUUCUUCUCCCACCCCGCAUUCAUUCCAGCCCCAAGGAUGUCUGGGGUCUGAUGAGGCUCCCUGAAAGGUGUCCCAGGCUGCAGUCCCAGGGAGCCCCUGCUCUGGCAGGGCUGUGCCUCAGGGCCCCAUGGAAUAUGAUCUUCCCACUCCAGCUGCGGCCGGCACCAACAUGGCCAGAUGGCGACAUCUAGAGGCAGCUUCCUGUCUCACACGGUCUCGGCAGAAUCCCACAGCAAAGGGCCUGCGCUGGAGGUGCCAGCCAAGCCGAGGGCUUCCCAUUGGGGUUCCCAUCAUCCUUAGGAUUGAGUGAGCCAAAAGGCAGAGCUCGGAAAAGGCCCAGCCACUCCAUGCCUCCAUGCCAAAGCCCAUUUUGGAGUUAGCAAAGCCCUGGAAACGCCAAAUGAACCACCCAUGGAUACUCUCCCCUCCCAAAAGGCAAGGCAUGUUGGCUUGAUGAUGUUCCCCUGUCCCCCUACCUGCUGCACACCUUUGUCUCAGAGGAAGGGUCAUCCCAGCAACUCAGCCAGCCUCUUGUCACAGAGCCAACCUAUCAUCUCCACCUCACAGCCAGGCCCAUCCUGUGUCCUGAGUCCCAAAUGAGAAUUCCUCUCCUUAGCGAUGCCUUUAAAAUCACUUGUUCAUUUCCAUCUAUCCACACCCGCAGUUUUUCUGGUAACAGAGCUCCUGACCCCUCUCCUCACUUUUACACCACCACUCACAGUUUUCCUGCUACUCCUCUGACCUCUCUUUUGCUGGUUCCUCUUAUCUGCUGCUCCCUUAAUCAUCCACCCAUCUGUCCCUCCCCCAAUCCUUCUUCACUCAUUCUACAAUCAGCAGGACAGGAACUACUUUAGGGCAUUGAGUAGCAUCAAGUAAAAUAAAAACAAAAAAUCUAUUGAGAUGAAAGAAAUAGCAUAAAUUUACUUCCUCCCCCUGGAAAGAGCCCAAAGAACUCAAUUUUUAAAAUUUAA